CUGUAUCCAGUGCUGUGUCUGAACAUUAAAAUAAAUGUCUUUCCAUUGAAGAAGACAGGGGUUAAAAUGAAUGAAGAUCUGAAGGUUAAUUUGAGCUGGCUGCCUCAGGAUCAUGUAGAAGCCAGCUCUACCGAAAAUGCCUCAGCCGCAGGCUCCUCCCUGGUUCCUGUCGUAGACCCAGAGCCAGAGCUUUUGGUAAACCCCUGGGACAUUGUCUUGUGUACUUCAGGGACCCUUAUCUCCUGUGAAAAUGCCAUUGUGGUUCUUAUCAUUUUCCAUAAUCCCAGUCUUCGUGCCCCUAUGUUCCUCCUGAUAGGCAGCCUGGCGCUGGCAGAUCUCUUGGCGGGCAUUGGAUUGAUCAUCAAUUUCGUUUUUGCAUACCUUCUGCAAUCAGAAGCUACGAAGCUGGUUACGAUUGGACUGAUUGUUGCCUCUUUCUCAGCAUCUGUCAGCAGCUUGCUGGCUAUUACUGUUGAUCGUUACCUCUCCCUGUAUUACGCUUUGACUUACAAUUCAGAGAGGACUGUCACUUUUACCUAUGUCAUGCUCAUACUGCUCUGGGGAGCAUCUAUCUGUAUUGGACUGCUGCCUGUAAUGGGCUGGAACUGCCUCAGAGAUGAAUCCACCUGCAGUGUUAUCAGACCACUCACUAAAAAUAAUGCAGCUGUCCUUUCGGUCUCUUUCUUGCUUAUGUUUGCCCUCAUGCUGCAGCUCUACAUUCAAAUCUGUAAAAUCGUGAUGCGCCAUGCCCAUCAGAUUGCCUUGCAACACCAUUUCCUGGCCACUUCCCACUAUGUGACCACCCGAAAAGGAGUGUCUACUCUGGCCAUUAUUUUGGGGACUUUUGCUGCUUGCUGGAUGCCUUUUACACUCUAUUCUUUAAUAGCAGAUUACACCUAUCCUUCUAUAUACACCUAUGCCACCCUCCUGCCAGCUACCUACAAUUCCAUCAUCAAUCCUGUAAUAUAUGCUUUUAGAAACCAGGAGAUACAGAAAGCACUUUGGCUCAUCUGUUGUGGCUGUAUUCCUUCUAACCUGUCUCAGAGGGCAAGAUCACCCAGUGAUGUCUGA